AUGUAGUAGUAGAAACUUCAAUCUACUUGUCCUCAUUUUCAGAGGAUUUUACUUUAAAGAAGCAUUCCUCAAGUUCAUAAAUCUCUCUCUAAAUUAUUGGUGUUAUUCAAGAAUAAGUAAGUUAAAUGUGAUGUUUGUCAAAGAAAACAAGAUUAUCUGAAUAUUUGUUUGAAAUGCGAAAAGCCAUUGUGUGACAUAGAAAAAAUAUGUUCUGCAGAGCAUCUAAGAUUAAAUAGUCCUGAACAUUGUGUGAUAAUUAAUAUCCACUCAAAUUUAAUUGCAUGUCUGAUGUGUAAAAUAGAAAUUUAUGAUUUUGAGCAAACCUUAUAAAGUGAAGAAGAUCAAUUUAUUGAAGAAAUCAUUAAUCCUUAAAAAAUACGAAUGGAAUAUCACAAGUUCUUUUAUAAGUAAGAAGCUCAAAAUAUAUAAUUUAAAAAUCAAUAAAAUGUUCAGCAUGCAGGAAUGUUAAACAUCUGCAAUAAUAGCCAUUUGAACUGUGUUCUAUAAAUAUUACUAAACUAUCCUGUCAUUUAGUAGAUACUUUAAAAAAUUAACUCUGAAUAUGAAAUAAAUGAAUAUAGUUUGAAAUCUAAUCGCAAAUAGAUUCUUAGAGAAUUAAGUGCCAUGGCCUCAAUCUAUUCAUAACAUCAGUAUAGAAUCAUAAAUCCCUCCAAAGUUAUCAAGAACCUUGCCCAGAUAGACUCCAAAAUUAUUGGAUAUUCCAGAAAAGAUGCUUAUGAUGCUUUCAAGACAGUUAUCAACUUUUUAAAUGAAGAAUUCAAAUUUUCAAAUUUGAAAGGAUACUUUAAAAGUAACUUGAUCUACACAAAACAAGCUCUAGGACAUGAUUGGAACAUAAUUGCUGAUCCUAGUUUAUAUAUGGAAUAUUCCUUUAUUCAAAGUAUAUUCUCUGGAGAGCUUAUUUCUAACCUACAAUGCUUGAAUUGUAAGAAAAUUACAAAGUCUGUUGAAUAAUUUUCAGCGUUAUCCCUAGAGCUCCCAGAAAUAAAGCAACAAGGAUUCUUUAAAUAAUUUGUCAAUAAUCAGAAACAAUCUAUUUCCUUAUAAGAGUGUCUUGAUUAUUUUUAUGAGCCAGUGAUCGAUUCAUUAACUCUUUGCAGUUGUGGUGCAAGAUCAGGUAAGAGACAAUAUAGUUUUUAAUAAUAAUCCAAUUUGUUAUGUAUUCAUCUACAAAGGUUUCUGAAUAAAAAUUAAAAGGACACCAAACAUGUAUCAUUUCCAAUUAAGGAUCAUAACUUUUAAGAAUACUUUAACUUGGAUAGUGAAUAGAAUUAUCGACUUUUCGGUAUUAUUGUGCAUUUACACGAUUAAGGAGGUGAUCAUUUUGAGACCAUAUUGAAAUAUCAAAACUCACAAUUUCUUAGCAUCAAGGAUGAAAUUAUUGAAAUAGUAUCAUAAAAAUAUGUAGAAGAAUGUGAAGCUUUAUUAUUAUUUUAUGAAAAGGUAGAUAAUUAGGUAGAUCUAUUUAAAACAAGUCUUCGAAAAAAUCUGCAAAACUAGCAUAAUAUGAUAGCCAAUCAGGAGUUAUAAUUGAAAGAUGAAGACCAAUGCUAUUUACCCCAUUUCUGGUUUGAGUAAUUUUUGCAUCUUGCUAAACCACCUUCAAUUAUAACAUCUCAUUUAAUUUGCCCUCAUAACCUCUUAAAGCCAGAUUAUUGGGAUUUUAGAAUAGAAUACGAAAAUGCUAAAUCAGCUUAGUACAAUUCUCAAUUAGAUACUAAUACAAGUUUCAUUACUAUAGGAGAAGUGUAAAACUCUAAUUCUCCUGCUUAUAUCUAGGAAAGUUCUGCCUAAAAAUAACUCUAACUCACAUCAAUCAUAAUCCCAAAAGCAGUUUGCGAAUUUUUAAUUGAAAAAUAUGGUGGAGGUCCAAUCAUUCAGAAGAAUAUCAAAACGUGUAGUACUUGUAUAGAAUAUGCAUAAUAAAUGAGUAGAAGAAGGAAAUUAGAAAGACAAUUAAUAAUUAAAUAUGAAAGCCUUCAAGGAUAUGACAGAAUAUUUGUUGUUCAUGAGGAAUGGUUAAAGAAAUGGCAAACAUAUCUUUAUAAUUCAAAAUAGAUUUUACAAAGAAAUAAUUUAUUUGGUUAUCCUCCUCCAGGAGAAAUAACUAAUUACUUAUUGUUAGAUAAAGAUUAAUAGAUCAUCUAAUAAAAAAAGGAAGGCUAACAUUUCCAUAUGAUCACUGCUCCUAUAUGGCAUAUAUUAUAAGAAAUUUACGGAGGAGGACCCACAAUUUCUAUUAAUCCUCAUUAAUAAUAAUAUGAACCUUUUAAACUAUAAACAGAUGAUCUAUUUUAGAUAAAAGAGAUCAAAACGUUAUAUCAAAAUUGUAUCAAUCAGUACAAAUAGGAAAUUUAGCAAUGA